AUGCUCUCUAAUGUGCUAACAUGCUGUAUAGAUCCGGAACAUGAUCGUUCCGGUGAAUCCGACAUGAAAUGUUACAAUUUUCAAGGUGACCAAAUUGGCGAUAUCAUCGGUGGCUUUAUUUCAGGUGGAGGAGGCGGCGGUAGCAGUAAUUCUCACAAUGCUGGUGGUGGUAUAAAUGUUGGUGAUAUUGCUGGUAUUAUUGGUGGCCUAUCUGGACCAGGUAGUAAAGGUCAGAAGAUUAGCGGCCUUAUAAGUGGAAUUGGGGGAUUAAUUGGCAAAAAAGGAGGAAAUUAUAGAGAUGGAGGUCCAAAUGUUGAUCCAAAUAAUUUAAGCGGCGGUAUGACAGAUGUUGUGAGCGGUCUUGUCGGGCAUUUAGCUCAUCGUUAUCUUAAUGUUGAUCCAGCUACGGGACGCAUAAUCGGUGCCAUUGCUGGCAAUUUUAUUUUCAAUCUUGGUGGCAAAGACAACAAGCUUGGAGCUGUGGGAAAAAUCGUUUUAGACAAUAUUAUCAGUGGUAAAUUCAAGCGAAAGGUUGAUCCAUAUAUACCACCAGAACCAUCACGACAUUUACGCCCACCAGUACCUGACAGAAGAGCGGACGAAGCACUUCAUUUUUACGCAGAACGAGAUCGUUGCCUUGCUAUGCGACAACUUUUCGAGGAUCCUCAGUUUCCUGCUAACGAUAAAAGCUUAUUCUUCAGCCGACGUCCACCCAAACAAAUCGAAUGGAGACGACCGGGAGAAAUAUGUGAGGAUCCACAGUUACUCUAUGAAGGACAUUCACGUUUCGACGUAGUACAAGGUGAAUUAGGCGACUGUUGGCUUCUAGCUGCAGCAGCAAAUCUUACAUUGAAAGAUGAGCUCUUUUAUCGAGUUGUGCCACCAGAUCAAAGUUUUACUGAAAAUUAUGCCGGUAUAUUUCACUUCCAAUUUUGGCAUUAUGGUGCAUGGGUUGACGUUGUCAUCGAUGAUCGUUUACCAACAUCUACCAGUGGUGAAUUAUUGUACAUGCAUUCCAGAGAUAACAACGAAUUUUGGAGUGCUCUUCUGGAAAAAGCAUAUGCGAAGCUUCAUGGUUCAUACGAAGCACUAAAAGGUGGUACAACAAGUGAAGCAUUAGAAGAUUUUACUGGUGGUUUGACAGAAUUUUUUGACCUCACACAACCUCCUAAACAUUUGAUGGAAAUGAUGAUGAGAGGUUUUGAAAUGGGUUCAUUGUUUGGAUGCAGUAUAGAAGCAGAUCCAAAUGAAUGGGAAGCACGGAUGCAUAAUGGUUUAGUCAAAGGUCAUGCAUAUAGUAUAACAGGAAUGAAGAUGGUGAAUGGACCACGUGGUAGUAUACCAUUACUACGUAUACGUAAUCCGUGGGGUAAUGAACAGGAAUGGAAUGGUGCAUGGUCCGACAAUUCAGCGGAAUGGAGGUCUAUUUCUCAGGAACAACGCGAUGAGAUGGGUUUGGUUUUUGCGCACGACGGAGAGUUUUGGAUGUCAUUCAAUGAUUUCGUGCGUUGUUUUGAAAAAAUGGAGAUCUGUAACUUGGGUCCAGAGGUUAUGGAUGAAGUUUAUCAAAUGACUGGUGUCCAGUCGUCACAGAAUGCCUGGGCAACAUAUACUCAUAAUGGCAUUUGGAUUGCAAAUGAAACAGCUGGUGGAUGCCGGAACUAUAUCCGGACAUUUGCAACGAAUCCUCAAUAUCGUAUCCAAGUAACAGAUUCGGAUCCAUAUGAUGAUGACAACCUAUGUACAGUGAUAAUUGCUGUGUUGCAAAAAUAUCGACGUGAGAUGAAACAUAUGGGUAUUGAGAAUUUAGCUAUAGGAUUUGCUGUUUAUGAUGUUGGGAGCUAUAAUGGACGUUUAACACGAGAAUAUUUCCAGCAACAUAAAUCAUGUGCUAGGAGUGCUGCGUUUAUUAAUUUACGAGAAAUAACAGGUCGUUUUCGAAUCCCACCGGGAAAUUACGUAAUCGUACCGUCAACAUUCGAACCGAAUGAAGAAGCGGAAUUUAUGCUUAGAGUUUACACAAAUGGUUUUAUUGAAUCAGAAUUGUCAUUUGUUCCUGUUUCCAGUCCAUCUUGUAUUUUACGGGGAAAAUCAAUUGGAAUUUUAUCCGUACCUGUCGUAUUUAUUGAUGUUAUUGGCUAUCCAGCAAGUAUUAUUGGAUCAUCAAUGGAGCCAACAUUAUAUGGUAGUAGCAAUAAAUGGUGGAAACGAGAUAUUGUUUGGUUAUCACGUUUUGGUUUACAAACACCAGAAAUUGGACAGAUUUACACGUUUAUCCCACCGAAUGAUCCUGAGACACGUCACAUCAAACGUAUCACUGCUAUGGAUGGUGACAUAAUCAGGCCAAAACGAGGACCAAGUUUUUUGGAAAUACCAACUGGUUGUUAUUGGAUGGAAUCUGACAAUCCUAAUAAUUAUUGCGAUAGUAGAUUGUAUGGUCCGGCAAGUUUUACAGCCCUUUUUUAUUUUUAA